UUGCAGUCUUUGUUUAUGUUAAUUCAUAAAGUAAUUCCUACAUAGAGAGAUAACGUUAUCAUCAUCAUUAUUUUAUCUGUGACGAAAUAGUAUUAAUAUAUAAAAUCUUUUUCCUGGUGUCAAUAUAAAAUAAUGAACUAAAUAAUAAUACUUGCUCUAGAUGACUUCGAUUUCUGGAUUGUCCUCAAAAUAGAAACAAAUAUGUAUAAAUUAUUUGAAUUAUUUAUUGUUUUGUCGCGAAAUAAAAUUACAAACACUAUGAAUGUUACAUAGUUAGGAAGGGAUAUAUCACAAGGCAGGGUUUUAUCGAGGUGUUGUAUAAGUGCUCUAUGAUUUUUAUUUAUUCCUAAAAAGAAAGUCCCUUAUGUCAUAGAAGUUAAAAAUAAUAAAAGGUAGUGGAGCUGCCAUGAAUCGGUACGUAGUGCUGCAGCAGCUGGGAGACGGGACCUACGGCUCGGUGGUGCUGGCGCAGCGCCGCGACACUGGCGAGAAGGUCGCCAUCAAACGUAUGAAGCGCAAAUACUAUUCGUGGGACGAGGCCAUGAAUUUGCGAGAAGUUAAAUCACUGAAAAAACUCAAUCAUGCUAAUAUAGUUAAGCUCCGUGAGGUCAUUCGCGAAAACGAUACAUUAUAUUUCGUGUUUGAAUAUAUGAGGGGCAAUCUAUAUCAACUUAUACGUGACGCAGAACGCCCGUUUCCUGAACCUGUGCUGCGUAACAUUCUGUAUCAAGUUCUUCAAGGACUGACACACAUGCACCGUCAUGGUUUCUUCCAUCGUGAUCUUAAACCUGAAAAUUUAUUAUGUGCUGGACCAGAGUUAGUGAAGAUUGCGGAUCUGGGACUCGCACGCGAGGUGCGCUCGCGGCCACCGUACACGGACUACGUGUCGACCCGUUGGUACCGCGCGCCCGAAGUGCUCCUGCAUGACACCCGCUAUGGAGCGCCCAUAGAUCUGUGGGCUCUGGGGUGUAUCGCCGCCGAGCUGUACACGUGUAGGCCCUUGUUUCCCGGAAACUCGGAGAUCGACCAGCUACAUAAAGUGUGCGCUGUGCUGGGCACCCCGGAUCGCGAGGAGUGGCCCGAGGGUUACGCGUUGGCUGAGGCGCUCCGCUUCCGCUUUCCGGUGACGGCCGGCGUGCCGCUGGCGCGCGUGGUCCCGAGCGCCUCGCCGCCCGCGCUUGCGCUGCUUACGGCGCUGCUCCGCUAUCCGCCCAGAGACCGCCCGACUGCACCGCAGGCUCUAAGAUUUCCUUAUUUUGCCGUGGGAGCUGCUUUAAUCUUGCCACCACCAGCUUCUCGAGCUAGAAGAAGCGGCCGCGAGCGAGAAGAUUCUGAAACUGUGUCGGUAGUUCCACCGGCUGCCUCCUUCUUGCCACCGCCGGCCGCCCCGCCAGCUGCCGCUGCGCUGCCGCUUAGGGAUCGCUUUGCUGAUAUUUUGGGGGGUGAGGUGACCCACGAGCCGGGCGCACGGCCGGAGCCGCUACGGCAGGUGACGGCAGCGGGCGGGCGCAGCGUGUUGGCCGCGCGGGUCGGGGGCGCCGGGGUGCGCGUGCCCGGGGCGCCGCCGCCUGCUGCCGCCGCCUACCUCGGCGCGGCGCGGUACGUGGCGGGCGCUCGCAUCGACACUUCGUUAUUUCGCCCGCUUCCUAUACGAUCGCACCAUGAAGCUACUACGGUGGGAAGUGGCGCCUCGCGCGUGGACUGGGCGGCCAAGUAUUUACGAUAAAGAGACGUUCAUAUAUUAGUUAUACUUCUGUAGCCUCUUAAGAUGCGAUGUUUUACUAAAAUAAACGGUAGAAACUGUACAUUAUGACGGAUUUUGUAUUAAUACACCUAGUUUAGGUAUUAAUUUGUCUUCUUGGUUUAAUUAAGGUCUAUCUAUAAUUUAUUAAAAAAUAACAUCACUUUGACAUCGUUGUUUUGCACAAAAAGUGACCCAUUAGAAAAGGUUUAUUGCCAUGUUCCCUGUUCCAAAGAGUACAUAUGUAAAUACGUGGCAGUUCUUUGAAAAAUAACUGCAAAAUGGCGUUCUUUCCAUACAACUUUUCUAUUUAAUGCAAAAAUUUAUGGAAAUCGUAAUCCAUAACUGCCGCUAGGCCAAAAUAAAUUUUGGUUCGCAUAUUUUUUUAUUUCAUGUUAAGUACGAUUACUAGAUGUUUUGUUUAUAUAUAUGUAGGUACCUACAUUAUCAAUGGCCGUUUAGACGAUAGAAAAUUAGUAGGGUUAAGCCGCGUACACCCCGGGCUAUCGAUGACAUAAGAAAGCGUAAUAAUGUGUAUUUAGGGUUUCACUUCUCAAAGGUUCGCAGGGCUCCGUAACAAAGUCGUCGCUCCUGCGGGAUAUUCACAAAUGUUGAAGAAGCAAUGUCUCGUCUUCCUUUGAGAUUAACCGAAGUCAGACAAAGAAAGAUUAUACGACAUGUCAAGGUUCGUGAUAAGAACCCUGUUUGGGCGGUUUGUGGGCUUAUUCACGUAAAUUCCUAAGACAUACAUUUUACCUUUCUCUCUAUCUUACACACAAAAUUAUAUUGUCUAAGUAUCAAAACUACUAGGCCAAAAUUUGUAUGUGACCUAACGGUCAGCUUUCAAGGUCGGAUAAAAAAGAACCACAUAAAUUGGUAGGUACUUAACAAUUAUCAACAGCUUCUUGAAAUUGACUUGGAAAGGAAUAAAAAUAAGAUUCAAAAAUAUACUUUUUAUUUUCUUUUCAAUUUAAUAUGUAUACCUACUUUCUGAUGGAAAUAUCUAAAUAGUUUCAAAAUAAAAUCAAAAACAUAUAUACAUCACAAACUAGGCCUUUUUUUAGAGCGCCCUUGGUUUCUCCAAGUUCAAAUAUUGGAAAGGGAAGUACAUACUUUUAAUUCCAUAAUGUAAGUUGGAAAGUAGGGGCUGACAUCUAAAUAGAAAUAAUAUUACUUGUCUAUCUGCAAUGUCACACAAAGUGAGUUAUGAAAUAAAAAUAAUGCUUUAAAAGCAGCAGUUAGUCCUCUUCAGCCUGUUAAGAUAAUUAUGUAUGGUUCCAUUGUAAUAUUUUUAACUUUUUACUAGUUUCAAUUGUCUGAGUGAAGGAUUUUGUAGCUUAUUUAGUUGUUGUUGUUUAAAAUAAGGUAAAAAAGUAGUAUGUAGAUAUAAUUUA